AAAUUAAAUUUAUCAUGAUACUAAUAUAACGCCAUAGAUAAUAAGUAAUAACCAGUGCGACGAACCGACGACUGCGACUCAUUUCGUUAUUCGUUAAUCUGAGUCGGCGAUGUGCAAAGAAUAAAUGUCUAACGACUAUUCAACUACCUUUAAAAAAAAUAACGCGGCAAUAUAAUAUUUGAUAAAGUAAACUCUUAAUGUUUAUCUUUAUUUAAAUUGUGUAUGAUUUAACCAUGUUGAUUGGCGACUGCUGACCAAUAGAUCCAUGCUUCAAUUUAUUUCAUAACUUCAGUACCUAGUUCAAUAGUUUAGUUUGAAUUUGUCGAAUAUGGAUUCUCUCAUUUCUAAAAAUGAAAAUAUUUCCAAUCCCCGUGGCCGAGGACGAGGCUUUUUACUAAAAAUGAUAAAUCAAAGACAGAGUUCUGAAAAAUCUGUAAUUUUACCUUCAUCGGUAUUACCGAUAAAAAAUAUGAAAAACAAUGUUGAAAAUACGAGUAAUGUUGAAAAUAUGAGCAAUGUUGAAAUGACGAGAAAUGUUGAAAAUAUGAGUAAUGUUGAAAAUAUGAGCAAUGUUGAAAUGACGAGAAAUGUUGAAAAUAAGAGCAGUGUUGAAAAUACUGUUGUACAUAACCAAAGCAUCAUUAAAAAAUCUAGUUUUCAAGACUAUGAUUACAAUAAUGAAAAACCUGUAAGAUCAACUUAUAUUCCACCUGAACUCAAUGAAAACGACGAAUCUAUUUAUGAUGAUGGAAUCACUUCUGGAAUAAAUUUUGAAAAAUUUAAUGACAUUGAAGUAAAGGUGAAUGGUAAAAAUAUACCUGAAGCUAUUGAAAGUUUUGAAACAUUAAAAAAUAUUCCAGAAAAGCUAAUGGAGAAUAUUAAAAUGUGUAAAUUUGUGAAACCAACUCCUAUUCAAAAAUAUUCUAUUCCAAUUAUUUUGUCUGGUAAAGACUUGAUGGCCACUGCACAAACUGGUUCAGGAAAAACGGUUGCUUAUGUCUUACCAAUCAUAUUAAAACUACUCAUGGAUCCAAAAAAACUAGUAAAAGAUAGUAAUCAUAGUGAACCUCAAGUUGUUAUAAUGGCACCUACGAGAGAAUUGGCUGUUCAAAUUAAAUUGGUUGUUUUAAAAUUAACAAGACUUACUGGAAUUUCAUCAUAUGUCUGUUAUGGUGGUACUUUAGUCAGUUAUCAAAAAAAUAAAAUUCUUGAAGGUUGUCAUAUACUUGUAGCCACACCUGGUAGAAUUAAUGAAUUUGUUCAGCAUGGUUUCAUAACAUUUUCAUCUGUGAGAUUUUUUGUUUUGGAUGAAGUUGAUAGGAUGUUAGAUGUAGACUCAAAACCAGAUAUUGAUAAAAUUUUAAAUCAUUUUUCAAUGCCAUCUGUUAUGCAUAGACAAACAAUUAUGUUGUCAGCAACUUUACCAGAUGAAACUCAGCAUUUAGCAAAAUUCUAUUUAAAUAAAAAUUAUUUAUUUUUAGCAGUUGGUAUUAUUAGUAGCGCUUCACAAGAUAUAAAACAAACCUUUUACAUGGUUAAUAGACUUAAUAAACGUAAAAUGUUAUUCAAUAUUUUGGAAAAAGAUCCAGUAGGAACUAUAGUGUUUGUAAAAUAUAAAUGGACAGCGGACUUCCUUGCCACAUAUUUAAGUGAAAAACAAAUUCCAUCAACAAGUAUUCAUGGUGAUCGUUUACAAGAUCAGAGAGAAAUAGCAUUAAAUGAUUUUCGCAUCAAUAAGAUGAAUGUACUUGUAGCAACAACUGUAGCUUCAAGAGGUUUAGAUAUUAAAUGUGUAAACCAUGUUAUUAAUUAUGAUAUGCCUCAAGAAAUUGAAGAGUAUGUGCAAAGAAUUGGACGUACGGGUAGGUUGGGAAAUCGAGGAAUUGCUACUUCUUUCUUUGAUCCUGAUGAAGAUUAUCUUUUGGUAGACCCAUUAAUAAAAACUCUAGUGUCGGCAAAUCAAGAAAUACCUCAUUGGUUAGUUAAGUUAAGACGAGAGUCUCUGUGUAAUGAUGAUAAUGAUGAUUUAAAUAAAUUUGGAGGCUCAGAUAUAAGAAUGAUAACAGAUUCAGUUGAUGAGUGUGAAGACUGGUAAAUUCAUAAUUUAAUAUUUAAUAAUUAUUAUUUUGUUUCAUGUAUUUAAUAAAAAAUUAUCAUGAAUAAAAUAUUAUUUAUUUAUUCUCAUUAAAUAACUCAAUAAAAAUUA